AUGUUCAACGAGACUAAUAGCAAGGAGAAAAAGAAGUGCGAAGAUGAGUCUUCAUCAUCAUCUUCUUCCUCGUCAUCUUCAUCAUCUUCAUCGUCAUCAUCUUCAUCAGAAGAAGAUGGCAAUAAUUGUAACAGGAAUAAGGAAAAAGAUGAUGACAGUUCUUCAUCAUCUUCGUCCUCAUCAUCUUCUGAGGAGAAUCACGAUUCAAAAAAAUGCGCGGAUUCUGAAGAAAAAUUAAAUCAUCACCAUAAAAAAGCAAGUCAUUUGAAGAGAAAAAAAGACAAU